AUGGACGCCGAUAUGCCAAAAUUCGCACAACGGAUUCCGCUGACCUCCGGGUGGACGUUUAAGCAAACGGAUGGGGUUGAGGACAACUGGCUCCCCGUGACCAGGGUCCCAACUGUGGUUCAUUUGGACUUGAUCAAUAAUGGCCGAAUUCCCGAUCCCUUUAUCGGCUUGAACGAACUCGCGGUGGAAUGGGUGGGAGAAAAAGCAUGGACAUAUCGCACAAGCUUCUCAUCACCUCGGUCCGUGGAUAAAGAGUCAGUUUAUCUACUUUUUGGGGGCCUCGACACAAUUGCCAAGGUCAAACUCAACGGCACGGUCAUCCUUGAGAGCGACAACAUGUUCCUCAGCCAUAGGAUCGACAUCACCCAGAAUCUUCUAGAUAGAAAUCUCCUCAUCAUCGAAUUCGAAAGCGCCUUGCAGCGCGGCAGAGACUUGGAAAGGGAGCACCGAGAGCAUCGAUAUGUCGCCCACAAUGGCGAAUCAGGCCGUAUCGGAGUGCGAAAAGCGCAGUAUCAUUGGGGCUGGGAUUGGGGUCCUGUCCUUAUGACUUCCGGGCCAUGGCGACCAAUCGUCCUCGAGGUCUCCGCUGCACACAUAAAAGAUGCGGCGAUCAAGUAUGAAAUAAGUGCAGAUCUCUCUACCGUCGCCGGGAAUGUCGAGGUUCAGUUAGAAGGACCGGUCGAUGAAGUCAUACUCUUGAUCACCUACAACGGUAUUGAAGUGGCUACUGGAGCUUCAAAGCCAUUGAAAUACCCUUCAUCUCACGUUGCAUUCAGUAUCGCGGAACCUGCCCUGUGGUACCCUGCUGGGUACGGCGAUCAACCCCUUUACGAUUUUACGGUAGAGAUCGUUAAGGACGGGACGUGCGUCGAUCAUUGGGUCAGGAAGACUGGUUUUCGGCGCGUCGAACUUGUUCAGGAGCUCGAUACGCAUGGUGAGUCGUUUUAUUUUCGGGUGAACGAUAUCGACGUCUUUGCUGGAGGGUCCUGCUGGAUUCCCGCCGACAACUUUCUCCCUCGCAUCACCCGACACCGAUAUAAUGACUGGAUGAAGGUGAUGGUAGAUGGUCAUCAGAAUAUGAUAAGGGUAUGGGGAGGCGGCAUAUACGAAGAUGACGCGUUCUACGACUCGUGCGAUCAACUUGGCAUUCUCGUGUGGCAGGAUUUCAUGUUUGCCUGCGCCAGCUAUCCGGCUUGGAAAUCGUUGCGCGAAUCGGUCGACAAGGAAGCGAGGCAAAACAUCAAGCGUCUUCGUCACCACCCUUCCGUAGUGAUUUACUGUGGCAAUAACGAGGACUACCAGACGCAGGAGCAUUGCAAGCUAGAGUAUGAUUGGGAGAAUAAGGAUCCGGAGUCAUGGCUUCAAAGCACAUACCCGGCUCGCUAUUACUACGAACACCUCUUGCCCCGGGCGGUUGCCGAAGAGAGCUCCGGGGUCCCUUACUGGCCCGGCUCGCCGUUUUCAUCCAAGGGGAAGGAAGCCAACGAUAUGACGGCUGGCGACGUACAUCAAUGGAAGGUUUGGCACGGCGCUUGCGAGAAAUAUCAAAAAUUUGACAAGAUGGGCGGGCGAUUCGUCAGCGAGUUUGGUCUUGUCGGUCUUCCUCAGCCAUCCACGAUCAGCUCCUUUUGCGAUGAUCCAGAAGGUCUGCAUCAGGGAUCGAGGACACUCGACUUCCACAACAAGGCCCACGGCCACGAGCGACGAAUUGCAACCUACAUCUCGGAGAACUUUGUCCCCCGAGAAGAUCUCAAAGGCCACAUCUACCUGUCGCAGCUUGUGCAGAGCGAGGCCCUCGCGUUUGCGUAUCGUGGAUGGAGACGACAAUGGGGCGAAGGGCGUCGCUGCGGCGGCGCUCUCGUGUGGCAGCUCAACGACUGUUGGCCAUGCUCCUCAUGGGCCAUCGUGGACUAUUUUCUCCGCAAGAAGGCUGCCUAUUACGCCGUUUCUCGGCAGAUGCGCCCGGUUGCCGUCGGGGUGCAGCGAGAGCACCACGACUGGACUCACGGCCACGCACGGCCGGCCAAGAGACUCCGAUUCGACGUCUGGGUCUCGAGCAGCAUGAUGCGCGAUUUUCAAGGAGACGUUGAGAUACGGUUCGUAUCCAUCGAGACGGGAGCAGAGAUCAAGCCCGCUGUGUGCAAGCCAGGGGUAGCUGUGUCGCCCAACGGAACGACUGUCGUUUUCUCGGGCGAUAUUGAUUGCGAACACGAAGAGCCUCACGUCAUCGCCGUUCGCCUGUGCUCUGGCGGAGAAGUGAUUUCUAGAGACAUGGACUGGCCCCAGCCAUUCAAGUACCUGCGGUUCCCAGGAAGGGGAGUGGAGAUCCGGGCCUCGGCCGACUGCUACACCGUUACCGCGGAUAGACCCACCAAGUGUCUGCUCAUCGAGGAAGUUGAUGGGGUUCGGUUGAGUGAUAACGGCAUAGAUCUGGUGGCUGGAGACGUGCAGGUCAUCCAGGUGACUGGUAUGUCAGGGGCUGUUGGCACGCCCAGGUAUCAGUACUUGGGGCAGGACGACAUGUAG